AGAAGAAGAAGAAGAAGAGAGAAUCCUCCUAAGUCCUAUCAAUAGGAACAUUGUAAACGUGUCCUCCUUAUCCGUUUAGCAUAAAUCUGUGUUUUAAUUGGAUUAUAUAUCCGGUAUCCUAACCAAUUUCCGAUUCAACCGCCAAUAAUAAUAGCAUAAGAAGUAUAGAAAUAGAGCAAACCCUGCCAAUUGUCGUCAACUUGAUCCAUAAAAAUCAUCUCUUUGGCAAAUUGAAAGCAGAUAGAAUCACUUGGAGUUGGCAUUGUUCCAAUGGACUCGUCUCUCCCUCAAGACUCGUAUUUUCUUGGAUUUGACAGUUCUACUCAGUCCUUGAAGGCAACUGUUUUGGACUCCAAUCUCAACAUUGUUACUUCAGAGCUGGUUCAUUUUGAUACGGAUUUGCCCCAUUACCAAACCAAAGAUGGGGUUUUCAGGGACCCCUCGGUUAAUGGCAGAAUUGUCUCACCCACAUUAAUGUGGGUGGAAGCUUUGGAUCUCAUACUUCAAAAACUCUCAAAAAAAUUGGAUUUUGGCAAAAUUGUUUCUGUUUCUGGUAGUGGGCAGCAACACGGCAGCGUGUAUUGGAAGAAUGGCAGUUCUACAAUAUUAUCUUCGUUGGAUUCCAAGAAGACAUUGGUGGAUCAGCUUGGCAGUGCCUUUUCAAUAAAGGAAUCACCGAUAUGGAUGGACAGCAGCACCACAGCACAAUGUAGAGAGCUUGAAAAAGCUGUUGGAGGGGCAUUGGAGUUAGCUAGACUUACUGGAUCACGGGCGCAUGAGAGAUACACUGGCCCACAGAUUAGGAAGAUAUUUGAGACGCAGGCAGAAGUUUAUUAUGAUACUGAGAGGAUCUCUCUUGUUAGCUCUUUCAUGGCGUCUCUUCUUAUUGGCACUUAUGCUUCUAUUGAUGAAACUGAUGGUGCAGGGAUGAACUUGAUGGACAUCAAGCAAAGGACCUGGUCUAAGAUAGUUUUAGAGGCCACCUCCCCUACUUUGGAGGACAAGCUUGGGAAGUUAGCCCCUGCCCAUGCUGUUGCUGGUUAUAUUGCUUCCUACUUUGUGGAGAGGUUCCACUUCAAUAAGAAUUGCUUGGUUGUUCAGUGGUCAGGAGACAACCCUAAUAGCCUGGCAGGUUUAACCCUAAAUACUCCAGGGGAUUUGGCAAUCAGUCUUGGCACUAGUGACACUGUCUUUGGGAUUACCAGAGAGCCUCUACCUAGAUUGGAAGGACAUGUUUUCCCCAAUCCUGUGGACCCUGAAACUUACAUGGUAAUGUUGGUCUACAAGAAUGGGUCCCUUACUCGUGAAGAUGUCCGCAACCACUAUGCGGAGAAGUCUUGGGAGGUUUUCAAUAAAUUUCUGCAGCAAACUUCACCUUUAAAUGGUGGAAAGAUGGGUUUCUACUACAAGGAGCAUGAAAUUCUUCCUCCCCUCCCAGUUGGCUUCCAUCGCUAUGUCAUCGAAAAUUUAUCAAACAACACUUCGGAGGGUCUGAAUGAGAAUGAAGUUGAGGAAUUUGAUCCUCCUUCUGAGGUUAGGGCAUUAAUUGAAGGCCAAUUACUCUCAAUGCGGGCUCAUGCAGAGAGAUUCGGGAUGCCUUCUCCUCCAAAAAGAAUAAUCGCCACUGGGGGAGCAUCAGCCAAUCAAAGCAUCCUUAGCACAAUAGCUUCCAUUUUUGGCUGCGAUGUCUAUACAGUUGAAAGACCUGAUUCAGCUUCCCUCGGAGCUGCGUUGAGGGCUGCUCAUGGUUGGCUAUGCAAAGAAAAGGGCAGUUUUGUACCCAUCUCAAGCAUGUACAAGGAGAAGUUGGAGAAGACAUCUCUUAGCUGCAAGCUAUCAGUGAGUGCUGGUGACCAACAACUAGUUAGCAAGUAUGCCUUGUUGAUGAAGAAGAGAGUGGAGAUAGAGAACCGGCUUGUGCAAAAGCUAGGACGUUGCUAAUGUCAAAACCGGGCAUAUAGAAUUUUUCCAAGGGAACCAUAAUGAUGCUUCAUUUGGCACCAUUUAGCUGCCAAAUAAUUUAAGCUGAAUAUUAAGAUUUAUCACUGCUUUGAAUACUUAUAUUUGACAAAUUGAUAGAAGUGGAUUUAAACUUUUGGGUUGAA